AAGAUUUAGCAUCAGGCGGACUCUAACGAUGCUAGUAGUAUUACGACGUGUGACGUGCAAAUCCAUCAAUUCAUCAUGAUCUAAGAUCGAGUGAGUUUGUUACAUUGAAUUGCGACAAACUCCCAUAUCUAUCAAGAUAAUAGACCCCCAAAAUGGAUGCUUCUUCUAGCGUGGCAACCGCAGCCGCGGAUCGGCUCUCUCAGCCUGCGAAGCAGACUUUGCGGGAAGUUGAGGAUGAGAUUAGUGCGAAGCUUCGAUUAAGGCUACUGUUCUUGAAACAUCCCCCCGCACUAGUAGAGACCUCGAUGCGUUGAAUACGAAGAGGAUUGGUGCUCUUCACCUCCAAAUCCCUUGGUUCUGCUUUUUCGACUUGAAAAAGAAGCCUUCUCCACGGAUACAAUUACUCUCAAUCUCAAAGAGGGAGAUGCGAACGCGAUAGCUCUAAUUAGAGAGAUAGAGGCACUGGAGAGCGAACUUCUUGUGCGCGACGACGAAAUACGACGAUCCAAGCAGACGACAAAGCAGACUGAGGAUGCAACGAGUCAGUCUUUACUCAGUGUAGGACCGGAAAGGGAGGUGCCGGGCAUACGGAGGGUAUGAUGAAUAUCCAUGAUUCGUCUCUGUUCGUAGUGCUGUGAGUUCGUUGAUUGCAAUACUAACUACAGUUUCAUACUUCAAGUAGUUUUUAAAUUUGACCCCGUAGCGCUAGGUGUUGUCGAGAUCUCCAUUCACUUCAGCUUCGUCGGCGACCUGAGGAUCCUCGGUGGAAGCACUUGCAGACGGCGCCAGAUCCGCACGAGCAUGCGCGAGCCCUGUUGAUGGAGUCUAUACUUCCUAAGCCGGCUCCUCACGAGUCUACCUUUCCUAAGAUGCCGAUGCAUAGCCUCGAUGAGCCACCAGCACUCUCUCACGACCCAUUGGAGUGGAGACUCUCUAGAAUGUUUUGAUGAAAUGAAAUUCAAAAUGUUCUUGUAGGCUUGGGAUGAAAUACGAUAAUGUUUUCGCACACCGAGUCUACUUUCCGUACAUGGAUCAGGGUCUUCCUUCGACCGAGGUGGGAGUUCGAUUGGCUGCACGGUUAACAGACUGGAAUGCAUCAUAUUCAGAUUCUCCGGCUUGAGGAUGUUUUGGUCAUUGGCGAUCUUUCUUCUUCCACGAUCCCGA